CCUGGUGCCGCGUCUGCUUGGCUGUGGGUCAGUGGGUGACGCUGCGCCGGGGUCCCGCGGGUCUCAGACCGAAUGACUCCUCUCUGCCUCAAUUGCUCUGGCCUCCCUGGAGACCCCUCCCUGGGGGACGCAAGGAGCCCCAUGCCCUGCAAUGGCAGUGUGGCCAGGGGGGACUUUGACCUAGAGGACCUGAACCUGACUGAGGAGGCACUGAGACUUAAGUACCUGGGGCCCCGGCAGACAAAGAUGUUCCUGCCCAUCUGUGCUGUUUACCUGCUGAUCUUUGUGGUGGGCACCGUGGGCAAUGGACUGACCUGUCUGGUCAUCCUGCGUCACAAGGCCAUGCGGACACCCACCAACUACUACCUCCUCAGCCUAGCCGUGUCAGACCUGCUGGUGCUGCUGGUGGGCCUGCCCCUGGAGCUCUAUGAGAUGUGGCACAACUACCCCUUCCUGCUGGGCAUUGGCGGCUGCUAUUUCCGCACGCUGUUCUUUGAAACAGUCUGCCUGGCCUCGGUGCUCAAUGUCACUGCCUUGAGCGUGGAGCGCUACAUGGCUGUGGUGCACCCACUGCAGGCCAGGUCCAUGAUGACAAAGGCCCAUGUGCGCCGGGUGCUGGCUGUGGUCUGGGGCCUUGCUGUGCUGUGCUCUCUGCCCAACACCAGCCUGCAUGGCAUCCAGCAGUUGCAUGUGCCCUGCCGGGGCAUUGUGCCCAACUCGGCCAUAUGCACGCUGGUCCGCCCACGGGCCCUUUACAACCUGGUGGUACAGACCACCACGCUGCUCUUCUUCUGCCUGCCCAUGGCCACCAUCAGCGUGCUCUACCUGCUCAUCGGGCUGCGAUUGCGGCAGGAGAGGCUGCUGCUCAGGCAGAAGGCCAAAGGCAGGGGUGCUGCAGUGGCUGGGCCUGGAGAUACCCACAGGCUCCAGCUACAGGAUAAGAGCCGGAGACAGGUGACCAAGAUGCUGUUUGUGCUGGUCGUGGUGUUUGGCAUCUGCUGGGCCCCGUUCCACGCUGACCGCCUCAUGUGGAGCUUUGUGUCCCACUGGACGGAGGGCCUGCUCCUGGCCUUCCAGUAUGUGCACGUUGUCUCUGGUGUCUUCUUCUAUCUCAGCUCGGCCGCCAACCCUGUGCUCUACAGCCUCAUGUCCAGCCGCUUCCGAGAGACCUUCCAGGAAGCCCUGUGCCUUGGGACUCGCAGCCACAGACCCUGCCACAGCUCCUACAACCUCAGCAGGGUGACCAUGGGGAGCACCCUGUGUAACAUGGGCUCCCUAGGUAGCAGGGCCCACCUUUUGGCUGAGAACAGUGGCCCAGAGGGACAGCAAGAGACCAAGCCCUCCUAAGUGGAGCCUCAAAGUGGCUUCACCUAGAGGGUCACAUGAAGUCUGAGGAGACACAGCUGCCUUCCUCUGUAGGGAUGUCCUUGGGUCCUAUCCACCUGUGUGUCCUGUCCCCAAUUCAGCCAAGAAACUCUGCACCUCUGUGACUCCUGGCUCUACCUAUGUAUUUGAGAUUUGAGGGAAACAAGAGAAAGGAUCAGUCCCCAAUUAUUGAGGGUGCACAUCGUGCCAGGUACUGUAUUGUGUGCCUUUGAUCCCUGCAGACUCCCAUAUCCCAGUUAAAGUCCUUCCUCUGCAGAUGCAUUGCAAUUAGCUAGACUCAGCUGUCCUCUUUCUGGGGACUUCCCCCCACCCUGAUUUCUGCUGUGUUUCUGUGGGGCCCUUGCUUUCCUCCUCAUGUCUCAUGGAGCUCCUGCAGGUUCUGGCAGGGGUGGCCUGCAAUCCAGCGCACCUGGUUCCAAUCUCAGCCCUGCUGCCACCACUUUGCCAUCCAGCAAGUCCACCCACCUUUCUAGGCCUUGGUUCUUUGCUUGCAAAAUGAAAAAGGUGCCAACUUUC